CUCCAGGACGCGCGCCCCGAGCCCGGGAGGCAUGCUGAGGCCAGGCCGCCGGCAGGAUGAGUGUGAACGAGGCAGGCAGCUCCGGCCGCGGGGGGCAGGCAGCCUACCACCUGCAUAUCUACCCGCAGCUGGCCACCAGCGAGAGCCGGGCCUCGUGCCGCGUGACCGCCACCAAGGACAGCACCACUUCCGAUGUCAUCCAGGAUGCCAUCGCCAGCCUGCAGCUGGAUGGCACCAAGUGCUACGUGCUGGUGGAGGUGAAGGAGACAGGUGGGGAGGAGUGGGUGCUGGAUGCCAACGACUCACCCGUGCACCGCGUGCUGCUGUGGCCCCGGCGGGCCCAAGACGAGCACCCGCAGGAGGACGGCUACUACUUCCUGCUGCAGGAGCGCAAUGCAGACGGCACCAUCAAGUACGUGCACAUGCAGCUGGUGUCCCAGGCCACGGCCACCCGGCGCCUGGUGGAGCGCGGCCUCCUGCCCCGGCAGCAGGCAGACUUUGACGAUUUAUGCAACCUCCCCGAGCUGACCGAGGAGAACCUCCUGAAGAACCUCAAGCACCGCUUCCUGCAGCAGAAGAUCUACACGUACGCAGGGAGCAUCCUGGUGGCUGUCAAUCCCUUCAAGUUCCUCCCCAUCUACAACCCCAAGUACGUGAAGAUGUAUGAGAACCAGCAGCUGGGCAAGCUGGAGCCGCACGUGUUCGCGCUGGCCGACGUGGCCUACUACGCCAUGCUCCGGAAGCGGGUCAAUCAGUGCAUCGUGAUCUCGGGUGAGAGUGGCUCGGGCAAGACACAGAGCACCAACUUCCUGAUCCACUGCCUCACCGCACUGAGCCAGAAAGGCUAUGCCAGUGGUGUCGAGAGGACCAUCCUGGGUGCCGGCCCUGUGCUGGAGGCUUUCGGAAAUGCCAAAACGGCCCACAACAACAAUUCCAGCCGAUUUGGGAAAUUCAUCCAGGUCAACUACCUGGAGAGUGGCAUCGUGAGAGGAGCUGUUGUCGAAAAAUACCUGCUUGAAAAGUCCCGCCUGGUCUCUCAAGAGAAGGAUGAGAGGAACUACCACGUGUUUUAUUAUUUGUUACUUGGCGUCAGCGAGGAAGAGCGUCAAGAAUUUCAGCUCAAGCAGCCUGAAGAUUAUUUCUACCUCAACCAGCAUAACUUGAAGAUCGAAGAUGGAGAAGACCUAAAGCAUGACUUUGAGAGACUCAAGCAGGCCAUGGAGAUGGUGGGCUUCCUCCCAGCCACCAAGAAGCAGAUUUUUUCCGUCCUCUCAGCCAUCCUGUACCUGGGCAACGUCACGUACAAGAAGAGAGCCACGGGCCGAGACGAAGGUCUAGAGGUCGGGCCCCCCGAAGUGCUGGACACGCUGUCCCAGCUCCUGAAGGUGAAGCGAGAAAUCUUGGUGGAGGUCCUGACCAAAAGAAAAACGGUGACAGCCAAUGACAAACUCAUCCUUCCCUAUAGUCUCAGCGAGGCUAUCACCGCCCGCGACUCCAUGGCCAAGUCCCUGUACAGUGCUCUGUUCGACUGGAUCGUAUUGCGGAUCAACCAUGCCCUCCUCAACAAGAAAGACAUGGAAGAGUCUGUCUCGUGCUUGUCCAUUGGGGUCCUCGACAUAUUCGGAUUUGAAGACUUCGAGAGGAACAGUUUUGAACAGUUCUGCAUCAACUAUGCCAACGAGCAGCUUCAGUAUUACUUCAACCAGCACAUUUUCAAACUAGAACAGGAGGAGUACCAGAGCGAAGGGAUCUCAUGGCACAACAUUGAUUACACUGAUAACGUCGGCUGCAUCCAUCUCAUCAGCAAGAAGCCCACGGGGCUCUUCUAUCUGCUGGACGAAGAGAGCAACUUUCCCCAUGCCACGAGCCAGACCCUGCUGGCCAAGUUCAAACAGCAGCACGAAGACAACAGGUACUUCCUUGGCACCCCCGUCAUGGAGCCGGCAUUCAUCAUUCAGCACUUCGCAGGGAAGGUGAAAUAUCAAAUCAAGGACUUCCGGGAAAAGAACAUGGACUACAUGCGGCCCGACAUCGUGGCCCUCCUUCGGGGCAGUGACAGCUCCUAUGUGCGGGAGCUCAUCGGCAUGGAUCCCGUGGCCGUGUUCCGCUGGGCGGUGCUCCGGGCCGCCAUCCGGGCCAUGGCUGUGCUCCGGGAAGCUGGGCGCCUACGGGCCGAGAGGGCCGAGAAGGCUGCAGGUACGGACAGCCCGGGCGUCCGCAGUCUCCUGGGAGAGCUGCAGAGAGGAACCAGCACCCCAUCAGAAAAACUGUACCGCGAUUUGCAUGAUCAAAUCAUCAAGACCAUCAAAGGAUUGCCCUGGCAGGGUGAGGACCCCCGUAGGCUUCUCCAGUCCCUCAGUCGGCUCCAGAAACCCCGCACCUUCAUCCUGAAAAGUAAAGGUAUCAAACAAAAGCAGCUCAUUCCAAAGAACCUGCUGGACUCCAAGUCCCUGAAGCUCAUCAUCAGCAUGACUCUUCACGAUCGCACCACCAAGUCCCUGCUGCACCUCCACAAGAAAAAGAAGCCGCCUAGCAUCAGCGCCCAGUUCCAGACGUCCCUUAACAAGCUCCUGGAGGCACUGGGGAAGGCGGAGCCUUUCUUUAUCCGCUGCAUCCGCUCCAAUGCCGAGAAGAAGGAGCUAUGUUUCGACGAUGAGCUGGUGCUGCAGCAGCUGCGCUACACGGGCAUGCUGGAGACAGUGCGAAUCCGGAGGUCAGGCUACAGCGCCAAGUACACGUUCCAGGAUUUCACAGAGCAGUUCCAGGUGCUGCUGCCCAAGAACACCCAGCCCUGCCGGGAGGUCAUUUCUGCCCUAUUGGAAAAGAUGGACGUGGACAAGAGGAACUACCAGAUCGGGAAGACCAAGGUUUUCCUGAAGGAGACAGAGCGCCAAGCCCUUCAGGAGACGCUGCACCGGGAGGUCGUGCGGAAGAUCCUGCUCCUGCAGAGCUGGUUCCGGAUGGUGCUGGAACGCCGGCACUUUCUGCAGAUGAGGCAGGCAGCCAUCACCAUCCAGGCCUGCUGGCGGUCCUACUGCGUCCGACGGGCCCUGGAGAGGACACAGGCUGCUGUGUACCUCCAGGCCGCGUGGAGGGGCUACCGGCAACGGGUGGCCUACCGGCGCCGUAGACAGAGCAUCAUCCGCCUGCAGAGCCUCUGCCGGGGUCACCUUCAGCGUAAGAGCUUCAGCCGGAUGGUCGCAGAGAAGCAGAAGGCUGGAGAGGAGAAGGAAGUCCAGCAGGCCCUGAGGGCGGAAACGGCAGAGGGCGGGCCAGGCCAGGCGGCUGAGCAGGAGCAGGUGCCCAGGCAGGACCCAGAACCAUCAGAGGACAGGGAGCAUUCGGUGUUGGAACCCGAAGGGUGGCCAAGUGAGGAGCCCCUGGCAGAGAGCUCCCAACCAGAGAAGGAGGUCCCCAGCCCAGAGAAGGCUCUCCCACCCCAGAAAAAUGCAGCUGAAAGUCACGAGAAAGUGCCCAGCAGCCGGGAGAAGCGUGAGUCACGGCGGCAGAGAGGGCUGGAGCACGUGAAGCUCCAAAACAAACACAUACAGUCCUGUAAGGAAGAGAUGGCCCUCAGAGAAUCUUCUGGAAGGACUGUGCUAGAGCAAGAGGAGAGCCUCCCCGAAGACAGAAAGGAGACCAGAGAAGAGGAAACCCCUUCAAAUGCGGGGACAGAGACAGAGAAUGCUUCUAAGAAGCAGCCCGAGGAGCCACUGCAGGGGGCGCCGGCCAGCCAGCUCUCUGGAGAAACCCUGCAGGGCAGGGAGCCACCGCCUGGCCACGUGGAACGGCCAACCAGCCUAGCCUUGGACAGUAGAGUCAAUGUGCCCACCCCCAGCACCACCCCCGAGACUCCCAAGGACAAGAGCAAGCUGGGGGGUGACCCGAGGGCACAGGACAGGUCUGAGAGCCCGGGGGGCUCCACCCAGAUCCAGCGGUACCGGGACCCAGACUCUGAGCGGCUGGCCAGCGCCGUGGAGCUGUGGCGGGGCAGGAAGCUGACGGCCGCCAAUUCGAGCGCCAUGCUGAGCCAGUCCCUGGACCUCAGCGAGCGGCACAGGGCCGUGGGGGCCGCUCUCACACCCACAGAGGAGAGACGCAUUUCCUUGUCCACGAGCGACGUCUCCAAGCUCCUCCCGUCCCCAUCCCAGACCAAGAUGCAGCCUUCUAUAGAAACCGUGGACGGGGAGCCCAGCACCAAGAAGCUGGCCGUUCAGAAGAAGAAGUCAGGUGACACAUCUGUCGGCUCAGAUUCUGGGCUGUCCCCAGGCCACCAGGCCGACUCUAAAUCCACUUUUAAAAGACUUUUCUUGCAUAAGAAUAAGGAUAAAAAAUCCAGCCUGGAGGGGGUAGAGGAAACGGAGAACACAGCGCCAGGGCUCACCAUGCUGGAAGCUGCCACCACCAAAAAGAAUCUAGAAGCCUCCUCCAGCCACCAGCACCGCCACCCAGCAGGCGAGAAGCACGCCAAGGAGCCAGGAGGCAAAGGGAAGAAGAACCGAAACCUCAAGAUUGGCAAAAUCACAGUGUCGGAGAAGUGGCGAGAAUCAGUGUUCCGCAAGAUCACCAAUGCCAAUGAGCUCAAGUACCUGGAUGAGUUCCUGCUCAACAAGAUAAACGACCUACGUUCUCAGAAGACUCCCAUCGAGAGCUUAUUCAUCGAAGCCACCGAAAAGUUCAGGAGCAACCUCAAAACCAUGUACUCUGUCCCUAACGGGAAGAUCCACGUCGGCUACAAGGACCUGAUGGAGAACUACCAGAUUGUCGUGAACAACCUGGCGGCCGAGCGAGGGGAAAAGGACACCAACCUGGUCCUCAACCUUUUCCAGUCGCUGCUCGACGAGUUCACCCGCGGGCACACCAAGAACGACUUCGAGCCGCCCAAGCAGAGCAAAGCUCAGAAGAAGAAGCGGAAGCAGGAUCGCGCUGUCCAGCAGCACAAUGGGCACGUGUUCGUCAGCUACCAGGUGAGCAUCCCGCAGUCGUGUGAGCAGUGCCUCUCCUACAUCUGGCUCAUGGACAAGGCCCUGCUCUGCAGCGUGUGCAAGAUGACCUGCCACAAGAAAUGUGUACACAAGAUUCAGACCUACUGUUCCUACACAUGUGGGAGCAAGAGCGAGCCAGGCGCCGAGCCAGGCCACUUUGGCGUGUGCGUGGACAGCCUGACCAGUGACAAGGCCUCCGUGCCCAUCGUGCUGGAGAAGCUUCUGGAACAUGUGGAGAUGCACGGCCUGUACACCGAGGGUCUCUACCGCAAGUCAGGCGCUGCCAACCGCACACGGGAGCUGCGACAGGCACUGCAGACAGACCCCGCAGCCGUCAAGCUGGAGAACUUCCCCAUCCAUGCCAUCACCGGUGUGCUCAAGCAGUGGCUUCGAGAGCUGCCUGAGCCCCUCAUGACCUUCGCCCAGUACGGCGACUUCCUCCGAGCCGUGGAGCUGCCAGAGAAGCAGGAGCAGCUGGGCGCCAUAUACGCCGUCCUGGAGCACCUGCCUGAGGCCAACCACAACUCGCUGGAGCGGCUCAUCUUCCACCUUGUCAAGGUGGCCCUGCUUGAGGACGUGAACCGCAUGUCUCCCAGCGCCCUGGCCAUCAUCUUCGCACCCUGCCUUCUGCGCUGCCCCGACAACUCGGACCCGCUGACCAGCAUGAAGGACGUCCUCAAGGUCACCACCUGCGUGGAGAUGCUCAUCAAGGAACAGAUGAGGAAGUACAAGGUGAAGAUGGAGGAGAUCAACCAGCUGGAAGCUGCGGAGAGCAUUGCCUUCCGCAGGCUCUCCCUCCUGCGACAAAACACUAACAAGAGCCCCAAGGCCCGGGCGAGCAGUGCCAGUGGCCCGGAGGAGCUGGGGGUGCUUCCAGAAGAGGAAGUCCCCAGCGGCGACGAGGACCGUGAGAAGGAGAUCCUCAUUGAGCGGAUCCAGUCCAUCAAGGAGGAGAAGGAGGACAUCACCUACCGGCUGCCGGAGCUGGACCCUCGGGGCUCCGACGAGGAAAACCUGGACUCAGAAACGUCGGCCAGCACUGAGAGCCUGUUGGAAGAGCGGGCCGGGCGGGGGGCCUCAGAAGGGCCCCCCGCGCCUGUUCUCCCCAGCCCCGGCGCGCCCGCCCUGAGCCCCCUCCCCGUGGCAGCCGCCCCUCCACGACGAAGGCCGUCGUCCUUCGUGACGGUCAGAGUGAAGACCCCCCGGCGGACCCCCAUCAUGCCCACAGCCAACAUCAAGCUCCCGCCCGGCCUGCCCUCCCACCUCCCCGGCCGGGCACCGGGUGCCCUGGAGGCCGCUGCCCCAGUGAGGCGCCGAGAGCCACCUGCCCGCCGCCCGGACCAGGUACACUCUGUGUAUGUCACACCCAGUGCUCACCUGCCCGUGCAGGGCACGCAGGAGCCCCUGGACGAGGGCGGCCGGCCUCCGGGGGCCAAGCGGAGGUACUCCGACCCCCCAACCUACUGCCUGCCCCCCACCUCGGGCCAGGCCAAUGGCUGAGGGCCGCAGUGCCGAGUCCCCGCGAGUCUGAGGACCAGCCCGUGCCAGAGCUGGGCACUGAGCUGCAGAGCCAGCCUUUGGCUGAGAAGGAUCCCGAAUGAAAAGCUCCAAGACAAUGUGAGGUGGGCACCAGCCCCAAGUGCAGAGUCCAAGCAGGGAGAGGCCAGCCAAGGCCCGGCCGCCCUUGCUGAGCCCCCACACCACGUAGAUGCGCCCACCCAGAGCACCAAAUCAUGGUGGGCGGCCUGGCAUCUGGCAUCUCCCACCUCCCUUCUUGUUUUAUAUGGUAACUGUUUCUUUGUGCGUGGUUUACAUAACUUUAAACUGUAACAGCCUUAACGAGAGACCAAAUUGUUUUUUAUACGUGUAUGUACAAACUUUUAUAUUAACGCCCUGCAUCUCCCUUAUAACCCGGACUUGAGUCUUCAGAGCAAAGCCUGCACGGCCACCGCAUGUCAGGGGCUCAGACCCACAAUGAGCACGGCCUGGGGCCCACAGUCUGAGGACUGGGGCCUUGCACACGGGAUUUGGACCCUUGGGGCCCCCGACUGCCCCAGGUGUGUCUCGGACGCAUACUCUGGCCCAGUUGGCCUGCAUCUGAAGGAAUGUUGGAGCCUCUCUGGGAAUCAAGGCUGGUGGCUGGAGUCAGGGCACAAGGUGGUCAGCAGCCUCCACCUGCAGCACCACAGACCUCACAUCCCAGGGAGACUUGAAUGUGGCCAUCACUCUUCUGUCCGCCAUGCCCCAGACUCGGGAGGCCAGAGGAGGCCACCCUCAGCAUACUGCCCGCUCCGUGUGGCCAACAGGAGCCGAGACUCAGGACCACUCACAGGCAGGGAGGGCAAGGCCUGGGGUUGGACAUUCCUGCUGGUCGACAGUGACAGCUUGGGGAUCUCCGGAGUUGGGCUACCCCUCUCUCAGGCUUGGCUCACUCCUCAGACACACGGCCACAGGUCUGGGACGGGAGGUGCCCCAGGUGCCCCACAAGCCGUGCAAAAUAAAAAGUGCCUGAAAGGUG